CUGGGCAUACAGAAAAGACCGCUUUAAUGUAAAAGUUAAUACUAACAAUGGCGUGGAACGACAGAAUAGAUCAUUGAAGUAUCAGUUUCUGGCUGACAACAGAGAUAAGACUCUAAGUGGACUGAUAAGUGUUGUGGUAACACAGUUUCUCCCCAGCGCCUAUAAAAAAUAUAUUGAAAGCAACAUCCGUUACGCCAGUGCAUAUCGCCAUUACAACGAAUCACUCCCAAAAUGGUUGCACAAUCGACCAAGACAAUUUGUCACACACUGCCAGAAACGUCUAUCCCAAGCAGGCACAAUGAGCAAAUCUAGUAUCAGACAUGAAGAACACGGCGAGUUUAUGGUUGAAAGCCAAAGCAAUUGUGGGAAAUCCUACAAAGUUCAAUUUGGUGAUCUUCACACCAUGCCAUCUUGUAGUUGUUUUGACUGGCAAAAACACCAUUGGCCUUGUAAACACUUUUUGGCUAUCUACACACAUUUUCCGGGAUGGGGCUGGGAGAGAAUGUCUCCCUCCUACACAUCUAGCGCACACUUUACAAUAGAUUCUUCAGUCAUUCCGGUUGAUUCACUGCCACCUUCUCAUAUCACCUCCAAGAGCACAUGUAGUUUGGAAAAUGUUCUCUCAGUAAACAGAGAGGUACAAACAGUUCCAGAUGAGGCAGAUAACCCAGAAAACGAAUUCAAAGAUGAGGAUAGAAAGCCAUCUGUUAAUCCUCAACAUGAGGGGAGAUGCUGCAGAGAGAUGUUGAAAGAAGUUCAAAAUCUUACCUAUCUUUGUCCUGAUGGGAAUGCUUUGGUGAAACUAAAAAAAGAUCUGCAUACACUGAUGGAAAACUUUAAACAACACAUACCAUCAGAAAACGGUCUUUUUAUGGAAGCUUCAAAACCAAAAACGGUUUCAAAGAAGCAAUCCAAAGAAGUGAAGGAACAGUUAACAAAGCAUAAGGAGUAUGGCAAGCUUCCUCUUCGAUUGAACUUAAAGAGAAAAAAAAAUUGUCUUAUAGAUGCUUUGUCUCCAGUAAAGAAACAAAAGAAAGUGAUUCCUUCGCUAGAACUGGAUAUCAGUGAUAUGAUAAAAGAACAAAACAAGUCACAAAAUGAUAUAACAAAUGAUAAAGAGGAAAAUUUUACAGCAGAACAGUCCAGUUCCCCGGCAUUCACAUGUAGUCAAUUAAUUUCUGCGCCAUUAGGGGAUUCUAUUGGUAAUUUUGAAGAAGAGAAAAAUGCUCUUGCUGAAGACCUGCAAUGUUUGCCAAAUGCCUCAGAGAGUACCAACAUGCUUAGGUGCAAUGAACAAGGAAAAACAUUUAUCCUCAUAGAUGAAUCCUCACCAGAUCCAAAAGCAUGGUUAAGCCUCAAUGACCCUGACUGCCCAGGUGCAAUGAUCACACUGUACCAAGCUUCUAAAAAGAACAUUUUAGAUAAGAAAGGAUGGCUAACUGAUUCUGAAAUGCAUGCUGGACAAGUAUUGCUUCAGACAGAAUUCCCCCUGGUGGACGGCCUUUGUGACCCUGCAGUUAAAGGUGACUUGGUUACACCAGCAAUCAGUGAGUUUGUGCAAAUUGUCAACACUGGGGCCCACUGGGUUUGUAUGAGUACAAUAUCAUCUGGUCCUGGUACUGUCAAAAUUUAUGAUACUCUUUACAACACAGCAAAUUCAGUUGCAAUACGCCAUGCCUGCCAUAUGCUCAUGUACACAGGUGAAGCAAUAUUGUUUGUCAACGAGAGAGUUCAAAGACAAAUCAAUUACAAUGAUUGUGGCCUUUUCUCACUAGCCAUUGCAACAGAUUUAUGCAAUGGUAUUAAUCCAUCUACUCAAUCAUAUGACCAACAAGGCUUACGACAGCACUAUGUCAACUGUUUGGAGUCCAGAAGAAUGGCUUUGUUCCCAAAGACUACCCGAAGAGUACCACGUCAUCUAGGCUCCACAAGAAUAUCUGUUGCAAUCUACUGUGUCUGCAGGAUGCCUAAUGACAAGAAGGAAUAUGUACAAUGUUCAAAUUGCAAUGCUUGGUUUCACCCAUUGUGUGUUGACAUCCCUGAGUGGGCUAUCAAGACUAAAAGAAAGUGGAGAUGUGAUACAUGCAAAAGCAAGCAAGUAAAGAGACCAUAUCUGCAUUAGUGUACCAAUGGAGACUGAAUACUUAUUUAGUAAAAUAAUGUGAUUUUAUUGAUGUUAUGUAUUUUGUGGUUACAUGAUACUUUGAUAGAUGUAGUGAAUAUUAAAUAUUUAAUAUAGAAAGGGCCUAUCUAUGGAUAUAAAUACUUAAAUAGGAUCAUCAACUUAUAAAUAAAACAACAAAUAUAUAAGUACCUUCAAUAUAAUUGUCGUUACAUGAUGCUGAUGCCAAAAAACAAUAAAAAAACUUAAUUGUUAAUGUUUAUAAUU